AUGCAAAGGGACCCGGAGCGGCGCCGCCGCCCCCCCCGGCGGGCCCCCGGCCCCCCCCGGGCCCCCCGGGCCCGGGCCCAUGGCGCUCGGGCCGCGGGGACGGCCCUGCCCGAGACGGAGAGCACCACGGACGCGGAGCUGAGCACGACGGAGAGCACGACGGAGAGCGCCACGACGGAGAGCACGACGGAGAGCACGACGGAGAGCACCACGACGGAGAGCACCACGACGGAGAGCACCACGAGCAGGAGCGUGGGCACCAACGGCACCGCGGGCGCCAACGGCACCGCGGGGGCCCCCACGCUGCCGCCCAGCCGCUCGCCGCAGCCGCUGACGCCGUCGCCGCCCUCCGGCAACGGCACCGCCAACGGCACAGCCAAGGGCACCACGGUGCCGGUCUCCGUGGGCACCUCUCUGCCCCAUGCCAACGGCACCGGUGCCGCCGGCCACGCGGCCGCCGGCAGCACCACCACGGCGAGCAGCAGCGAGACGGCCCCGGCGCCCGCCCGCGGCGGCCCGGCGCCCACGGGCAAGGGCUCGGUGAGCGGCGGCGCCAAGGCCACUACGGCGGUGCUGGCCGGCGGCGGCGGCACUGCCAAGCCCAGCAAGGCGGCGGCGCCGGCGCCGGCCGCGCUGCACAUGCUGCUCCGCGUGCCGCUCGCCUUCCGCGUCCUCAACCGCGACUUCAGCGCGCGCCUGCUCGACGCCGCGUCGCCCGAGUACGGCGAGCUCAGCCGCAGCGUCCUGGCCGUGCUCGACAGCGUGUUCGGCUGCGCGGGCUGCGCCAGCCGCGGCGCCUACAAGGGCUGCAGCAGCCUGCGGUUCAGCCAGGGCUCGGUGCUGGUGCACGCCGAGCUCGUCUUCGGCCACGACGGCAACACCGUGAGCGGCGCCGGCGCCGAGAAGCGGCUGCGCGACAGCCUGGACCCCAGCGGCUUCAUCAUGGGGCUGCAGCUGAGCGACAUCCAGAGUACCGCGGAGGGGAGCGGGACGGAGCCGGCGGUGCCGCCUUGGGCCAUCGCGCUGCUGGUGCUCGUCAGCGUGCUGGUGCUGCUCAUCGUGCUGCUCUUCUGCCUGAUGACAACCUGCUCCUGCCGCCGCAAGAGCCGCGGCAAACUCUUCAGCGCCAAGGACUCGUACGAGCCCGCGGCCGAGUACCCCCCGUACCAGAGCCACGGGCGCUACGCGGCGCCCGCCGGCAAGCACAGCCCCUACAGCCAGGUGGCGGGCGGCGCCGGCGCCGGCACCUUCACCUACACGAACCCCGCGGCGCCGGAGCAGCCCUGA